AUCAAUGCCCAUUUGUCUCAUCUAAUAAUCAAAGUCCCGAAUGUUAUAAUGUCGUUCAAUCGACAACUUCUCUUACCUUACUUCUUCGUUUUUCUUGUCCUCUCCAACUUCGUAUCCGCUACAACAACACCCAAAGAAGAAGUGGAUGCGUUAAGAGGUGUAGCGGAGAAGUUGCAAGUGCGUUUGGAUUUCGAAGUGGAUCCAUGCGGCGUUAGUGCAUCUGUAAGGGGGAUGAAUGGUAUACGAUUCACAGAAAGUGUUACUUGUAACUGCUCCUCCGUCGUUUGCCACAUCACCAGCAUAUCUGGUAGAUCAGAUUCGAAGGAACAGAUCUGGGUGGACUAAACCCUUUAAAUGUUGUAAGAGAUGCUCAUGUUGUCGUCAAAGAUGUUUCCGUCGAGAUUGGAGAUGAGAUUCAUCUGUUAUCUUUGGAGACCAAAUUAGCCACAAGUGUUGAAGAGGAUUCAAGGAUGCGACUUCCGAAUGAAAACAUGAAAGACCUAACUAGGUACUAACUGAUGGACUAGAUCUAAAAUGUUGUCCAUCUUCUAAUCAGUAUACUAACUUUGUAACAGCCUGUUUGUCUUAAAUUAUAGCAUGGUUUUUUUUUUUGUAUUCAUCUCUUUAGUGUCUCUUAUGUUCGAUGGACAUGUGUUAUUUUGUUCGAUGGACCUGUUUUUAUAAACCAAAUUGUG